AUGAGCAUUACCUUUCCUAAAGUGCAGGCAGAGAACGAGCAGCUGGAGGAGCUGCUUCACGAGGAGGAGUACAAGGCGGAGAACGAGCAGCUGGAGGAGCUGCUGCACGAGGAGAGAAACAACCGUGGAUCAGUGGAUAGUGUGGUGAGAGCAUUGCAGCAGCAGUUGGCAAGUGCACGGGCAGAGGCAGUGGCAGCAGAGGCAGCAAUAGCAGCGGGGAUGGAGGCGAAGAAUCGAGAGAUAGAGGCGCUGUGUGGUGCGCUGGAGGAUGCUGAGAGGCAGUCCGGUGCCCUCCAAGCGAAGCUCGCCUCCCUGCAGGCGAGCUCUGAAGCCUUAUCAAAGAAUCGGGACCCCACAGAGGCGCGCAUGAUUCAGGCGCUCAGAGAGGAUCUGGCUGCUGCUGCUGCUGCUGCUGCUGCCGGCGCCUUCAUCGCCGCUGCGAGCUCUGAAGCGCUGUCCAAGAACCGGGACUCCACAGAGGCGCGCAUGAUUCAGGCGCUCAGGGAGGAGCUGGGUGCUGCUGCUGCUGCUGCUGCGCCUAGCAUGUUAGUCACACGAGCGCCCAUUAUCCCUUCGUUCAUCCCACCACCCCAACUCCAGGCGAGCUCUGAAGCGCUGUCCAAGAACCGCGACUCCACAGAGGCGCGCAUGAUUCAGGCGCUCAGGGAGGAGCUGGGUGCUGCUGCUGCUGCUGCUGCUGCGCCUAGCAUGUUAGUCACACGAGCACCCAUUAUCCCUUCAUUCAUCCCACCACCCCAACUCCAGGCGAGCUCUGAAGCGCUGUCCAAGAACCGCGACUCCACAGAGGCGCGCAUGAUUCAGGCGCUCAGGGAGGAGCUGGGUGCUGCUGCUGCUGCUGCUGCUGCGCCUAGCAUGUUAGUCACACGAGCGCCCAUUAUCCCUUCAUUCAUCCCACCACCCCACCACCAGGCGAGCUCUGAAGCGCUCUCCAAGAAUCGGGACUCCACAGAGGCGCGCAUGAUUCAGGCGCUCAGGGAGGAGCUGGGUGCUGCUGAGAGGCGGUGCGACGACGAGCACGCAGCGCACCUCGUGACAAGACAGGAAGCAACAGCGCGCGAGCUGGAGUUAGAGCAGCAGGUGGCGUGGCGGAGGGCGUGGCGGCGCUCUCUCUCUCACUCCUGUUUCACUCACGCUCAACCUUCUCUCACAUUCAAUUCACAGGAAGCAGCAGCGCGCGAGCUGGAGUUGGAGCAGCAGGUGGCGGAGGGGGUGGCGGAAGCAGCAGCACGCGAGCUCGAGUUGGAGCAGCAGGUGGCGGAGGGCGUGGCGGCGCUCUCUCGCAUGCAGAGGGCAGUGGAGGAGCGCACACAGCGAGUGUCAUCCCUUGAAGAGAAGAUAUCCGUUCUCGAGGUGAGUGUGAGGGAGGGUAGGAUUUGGAGCAGUAGUAGGGGGCAGCAGGGGGAAGAGGGUGUGGCAGCACUUUCUCGCAUGCAGAGGGCAGUGGAGGAGCGCACACAGCGAGUGUCAUCCCUUGAAGAGAAGAUAUCCGUUCUCGAGGUGAGUGUGAGGGAGGGUAGGAUUUGGAGCAGUAGUAGGGGGCAGCAGGGGGAAGAGGGUGUGGCAGCACUUUCUCGCAUGCAGAGGGCAGUGGAGGAGCGCACACAGCGAGUGUCAUCCCUUGAAGAGAAGAUAUCCGUUCUCGAGGUGAGUGUGAGGGAGGGUAGGAUUUGGAGCAGUAGUAGGGGGCAGCAGGGGGAAGAGGGUGUGGCAGCACUUUCUCGCAUGCAGAGGGCAGUGGAGGAGCGCACACAGCGAGUGUCAUCCCUUGAAGAGAAGAUAUCCGUUCUCGAGGUGAGUGUGAGGGAGGGUAGGAUUUGGAGCAGUAGUAGGGGGCAGCAGGGGGAAGAGGGUGUGGCAGCACUUUCUCGCAUGCAGAGGGCAGUGGAGGAGCGCACACAGCGAGUGUCAUCCCUUGAAGAGAAGAUAUCCGUUCUCGAGAUGAGUGUGAGGGAGGGUAGGAUUUGGAGCAGUAGUAGGGGGCAGCAGGGGGAAGAGGGUGUGGCAGCACUUUCUCGCAUGCAGAGGGCAGUGGAGGAGCGCACACAGCGAGUGUCAUCCCUUGAAGAGAAGAUAUCCGUUCUCGAGGUGAGUGUGAGGGAGGGUAGGAUUUGGAGCAGUAGUAGGGGGCAGCAGGGGGAAGAGGGUGUGGCAGCACUUUCUCGCAUGCAGAGGGCAGUGGAGGAGCGCACACAGCGAGUGUCAUCCCUUGAAGAGAAGAUAUCCGUUCUCGAGGUGAGUGUGAGGGAGGGUAGGAUUUGGAGCAGUAGUAGGGGGCAGCAGGGGGAAGAGGGUGUGGCAGCACUUUCUCGCAUGCAGAGGGCAGUGGAGGAGCGCACACAGCGAGUGUCAUCCCUUGAAGAGAAGAUAUCCGUUCUCGAGGUGAGUGUGAGGGAGGGUAGGAUUUGGAGCAGUAGUAGGGGGCAGCAGGGGGAAGAGGGUGUGGCAGCACUUUCUCGCAUGCAGAGGGCAGUGGAGGAGCGCACACAGCGCGUGUCAUCCCUUGAAGAGAAGAUAUCCGUUCUCGAGAUGGAGUGCAGCAGUCUCAACAGCGAGCUACAAGCACACGACGACAAGGCAAAGAGGGACCUCCGACGACCAGUCUCAGCAGAUGACCCCUCCGUGCUCGCGCAGGUGGGUGCAGGCAUGGAAGGAGGAGGCAGAGCGAGCGAGGCAGCUGCUUUAUUAGAGGCUCGUAUCAAUCAACCCCCCUACCCAAUGCCCCACCCGUAUAACCCCCCUCGUCCCCUCGUUCUUGCAUGGUGGCAGGUGCAGGCAUGGAAGGAGGAGGCAGAGCGAGCGAGGCAGCUGCUUUUGAAGCAGCUGUGUCUAGCCCCCGUCCCUAUUCCCCACCCGCAUAGCCCCCUUCCUCCCUUCUAUCUCGUCGCCCUUGCAUGGUGGCAGGUGCAGGCAUGGAAGGAGGAGGCACAGCGAGCGAGGCAGCUGCAUAAAGCAGGUGUGCAGGCAUGGAAGGAGGAGUCGGAGCGAGCGAGACAGCUGCUGCGAGAGGCAGAGGGGAAGCUAGCAGGCAGUGAGGUGAGCAGAGGGGGGAGGGAGGGGAAGGGAGGGAGGGAGGUGAGUAGGUUUGAGGAGUCGGAGAGUGCAAGGCAGCUGCUGCGCAAGGCAGAGGUGCAGAAGCUAAGGAUGGAGGCAGAGGUGCAGAAGCUGAGAGUGGAGGUGGAGGCCCACAAGAGGGACGCAGAUUCAUCCUCGUUACAGGCAUGUUCUGCCAAUGCAGAAAUGGAGAAACGGUUCAAGGAGUUGACAGAGCUGCUGUGCCUGAAGCAGAGUCAACUGGAAACGAUGACAAGUGAGCGGCAAGCAGCGAUGCUCCAACUGGACAAGGAGCGACGAGAGCUGCAACUGGCCAAGGCACAGGCGGAGAGGGACAGAGCGGCACGCCGGCACAGGCGGAGAGGGACAGAGCGGCACGCCGGUCGAUGUGCUGAUGUGUGUUCUGAACCUGAAGCGCUAUUCCACCUAACCUUUCCAUUGUGCUCCCCUCCCUUUCAGGCACAGGCGGAGAGGGACAGAGCGGCACGUCGGUCAAUGCUGAUGGCUGCUGAUGAGGAGGACAGCGAGAUGCAGCCGCUGGAGUCCGUGGGUCUGCCCAACCGGCGCUUCAUAGGCAAGAGGAUUCAGCAAGCAGCAAAGCUCAUCGAUCAUGGCACAGUGACUGCCGGCCGCUUCCUUUGGCGCCGCCCACUUGCCCGCCUUGGACUUGUCUGCUACCUGGUCUUCGUGCAUCUAUUUCUCAUGUACCUGCUGCACAGAUUACCUGCUGCACAUCUAUUACUACCUCACGAGAGGAGUGUCUCACGAGAGGAGUGUCUCAUCAAGUAUUUUAUCCUUCUCUCCCCCUCACGUCACCACUACAGGUAUACUUGGCUGCAGAGGCAGCAGACGUCUCAAAACCUUGCACUCUCUCCCUCCUCCUCCCCCCUCCGGCCCUCCUCUCCCUUCUCUCCCCUUCCACAGGAGCAAGCGGAUGAGUUGCUGAACAAGGACCAGGUGUACUUGGCUGCAGAGGCGGCAGCAGGGAUUAGAGAGACGACUCACAAACACCCCCACCGCACCUCCUCUCCUCGCCUCCUUAUUUCACAGGAGCAAGCGGACGAGCUGCUGAACAAGGACCAGGUGUACGUGGCUGCAGAGGCGGCAGCAGAUGUCUCAAAACCCUGCACGCUCUUCUUCCCCAUCUCCCCCCCCCGCCCUCCUCUUCUCCCCCCUCUUCCCCUUCCACAGGAGCAAGCGGAUGAGUUGCUGAACAAGGACCAGGUGUACCUGGCUGCAGAGGCGGCAGCAGGCAUUGUGAAGCCUCAUCCAGCUCGUCGUUAG